AUGGAUGUGUCCAAGGAUUGGAUGGAUACACCACGUCAUGAAAAAGAAUAUCAACUCGGUGUAGAAAAGUUUUUACACUUUGCUUUUUUAUCACCGGGAAUUCCUCAAGGGGAAGAAACUCAAUGCCCAUGUGCAAAGUGUUGUAAUAGACUUUGGUUAAGGAGAGAUGUCGUGUAUGACCAUCUAAUAUGCAAUGGAUUCGUAAAAGGUUACAGGCGGUGGUUUAAUCAUGGGGAAUCACUUGUUGCUAUGGAUGUUGACAGUGACACAGAUGAGGAAUAUAACUGCAAUGAUAACAUUGAUGAGUUGUUACGUGAUAGAUUCAGAGAUACUACACAAGUUGAUGGACAUAACAUGGGGCCUAACGAAGGUGCAAAAGAAUUUUAUAAAUUGGUAGACGAGGCAAGCCAAGAACUAUACCCUGGAUGUAAAGGAUUCACAAGAUUAUCCUUUACCAUCCGUCUUUACUUGUUAAAAUGCUUGCAUGGUUGGAGUAAUGCGUCGUUCACUUCUCUCUUAGAAUUAUUGAAAGAAGGAAUGCCACGUUUGAAUAUUCCUACUUCUUUUGAUAAAACGAAGAAUAUGGUGAAGAAUUUGAGUCUUGACUACCAAAAGAUCGAUGCAUGUCGUAAUGAUUGCAUGUUGUAUCGGAACGGGCAUGAGAAUGACUCAUCUUGUCAUGUCUGUGGAACAUCCCGUUAUAUUGAGCAUUAUGUAGAAGAGGACGAUGCUACCUCAUCUAAAAAGCCUCGUAAAGUUGCUACAAAAACUCUAAGGCAUUUCCCCCUGAUUCCCAGACUUCAAAGGCUUUUUAUGUGCACAAUGACGGUUGAAGCUAUGUCUUGGCAUCAUAAUGAACGUGUUAAAGAUGGGUCGUUAAGGCAUCCUGCCGAUGGUGAAUCUUGGAAAGCAUUUGACAGUCGACAUGAAGAUUUUGCAAAGGAGCCUCGUAAUGUGAGACUUGGCUUAGCAAGCGACGGAUUCAAUCCGUUUCGAACUUUGAGUAGUACACAUAGUACAUGGCCUGUUAUUCUGAUGGUGUAUAAUCUACCCCCUUGGAUGAGAAUGAAGCCUGAUUAUUUUAUGCUCUCUUUACUCAUUCAUGGCCCAUAA